AUGCAAAGAGCUUUUGUUUCAAUUCCACAAAUUAACAAUGGCGAUUUGGGCAAUGUCUAUCGAUGUUUAGGAGAAUAUCAGAAGGCCAUUGACUAUUACAAAAAAGGUCUGGAAAUAAGCACUGCUAUUGGAGAUCGGUCAGGAAUAGCAAAUAAAAAUGACAAUUUGGACAAUGCCUAUCAUAGUUUAGGAGAAUAUCAGAAAGCCAUUGACUAUUACAAAAAAGGUCUGGAAAUAAGCACUGCUAUUGGGGAUUGGUCAGGAAUAGCAAGUAAAAAUGGCAAUUUGGGCAAUGCCUAUCUUAGUUUAGGAGAAUAUCAGAAAGCCAUUGACCAUUACAAAAAAGUACUGCUAAUGGGGGAUCGGUCAGGAAUAGCAAAUUACAAUGGCGAUUUGGACAAUGCCUAUCGAUAUUUAGGAGAAUAUCAGAAGGCCAUUGACUAUUACAAAAAAGUUCUGGAAAUAAGCACUGCUAUUGGGGAUCGGUCAGGAAUAGCAAAUAAAAAUGACAAUUUGGACAAUGCCUAUCAUAGUUUAGGAGAAUAUCAGAAAGCCAUUGACUAUUACAAAAAAGGUCUGGAAAUAAGCACCGCUAUUGGGGAUCGGUCAGGAAUAGCAAGUAAAAAUGACAAUUUGGACAAUGCCUAUCAUAGUUUAGGAGAGUAUCAGAAGGCCAUUGACUAUUACAAAAAAGGUCUGGAAAUAAGCACUGCUAUUGGGGAUUGGUGACAUUGGUCAGGAAUAGCAAAUAAAAAUGACAAUUUGGACAAUGCCUAUCGAUGUUUAGGAGAAUAUCAGAAGGCCAUUGACUAUUACAAAAAAGGUCUGGAAAUAAGCACUGCUAUUGGGGAUCGGUCAGGAAUAGCAAAUAAAAAUGACAAUUUGGACAAUGCCUUUCUAUGUUUAGGAGAAUAUCAGAAGGCCGUUGACUAUUUCAAAAAAGGUCUAGGAAUAAGCACUGCUAUUGGGGAUUGGUGACAUUCUUCAGGAAUAGCAAAUAAAAAUGAAAAUUUGGACAAUGCCUAUCGAUGUUUAGGAGAAUAUCAGAAGGCCAUUGACUAUUACAAAAAAGGUCUGGAAAUAAGCACUGCUAUUGGGGAUCGGUCAGGAGUAGCAAGUAAAAAUGGCAAUUUGGACAAUUUCUUGCACUGCUAUUGGGGAUUGGUGACAUUCUUCAGGAAUAGCAAAUAAAAAUGAAAAUUUGGACAAUGCCUAUCGAUGUUUAGGAGAAUAUCAGAAGGCCAUUGACUAAUUACAAACUUGCACUGCUAUUGGGGAUUGGUGACAUUCUUCAGGAAUAGCAAAUAAAAAUGAAAAUUUGGACAAUGCCUAUCGAUGUUUAGGAGAAUAUCAGAAGGCCAUUGACUAUUACAAAAAAGGUCUGGAAAUAAGCACUGCUAUUGGGGAUUGGUCAGGAAUAAGAAGUAAAAUGGAAAUUUGUGCAAUGCUUAUCUUAGUUUAGGAGAAUAUCAGAAGGCCAUUGACUAUUACAAAAAAGGUCUAGAAGUAAGCACUGCAGCUAUUGGGGAUCGGUCAGGAAUAGCAAAUAAAAAUGGCAAUUUGGGCAAUGCCUAUCGAUGUUUAGGAGAAUAUCAGAAGGCCAUUGACUAUUACAAUUAAAAGGUCUGGAAAUAAGCACUGCUACUGGGGAUCGGUCAGGAAAAGCAAGUAAAAAUGACAAUUUGGACAAUGCCUAUCGAUGUUUAGGAGAAUAUCAGAAGGCCAUUGACUAUUUCAAAAAAGGUCUAGGAAUAAGCACUGCUAUUGGGGAUCGGGGAAUAGCAAGUAAAAAUGGCAAUUUGGACAAUGCCUAUCGAUGUUUAGGAGAAUAUCAGAAGGCCAUUGACUAUUACAAAAAAGGUCUAGGAAUAAGCACUGCUAUUGGGGAUCGGUCAGGAAUAGCAAGUAAAAAUGGCAAUUUGGACAAUUUCUUGCACUGCUAUUGGGGAUUGGUGACAUUCUUCAGGAAUAGCAAAUAAAAAUGAAAAUUUGGACAAUGCCUAUCGAUGUUUAGGAGAAUAUCAGAAGGCCAUUGACUACUACAAAAAAGGUCUGGAAAUAAGCACUGCUAUUGGGGAUUGGUCAGGAAUAGCAAGUAAAAAUAGCAAUUUGGACAAUGUCUAUCGAUGUUUAGGAGAAUAUCAGAAGGCCAUUGAGUAUUACCAGAAAGGUUUGGAAGUGAGUACCAAAAUUGGCGGUUUGUCCGAAAAAGCAAUUAUCCUCAUGCAUGCAGCAAUUUAGGAAAUACGCAUCGUUGUCUUGCAGAGUGUGAAGUUGCAACAUCACACUUAGUGAAGUCAAUUAGUUUCUUCGAUAGAAUCUUUUUAGAUUUGGUUCCGAAUCAAAAUACGCUUACUGAGUUGUUUUCUUUGGAACGCAUUGGAUCCGCAUUAUUAUAGUCCUAUGAAAAAAGCUGUCAGAUUAGCUCUUGAAAAAUGUGCGGGAAAUGAGCGACAUGGACGUUCGUGAAGACUCCGUAUGUCGGGAAGGGAUCAAAGAUUUUGCCGUGACAGAAAAACAAAACGUAUCCGUGAUUAUAAGCAAUUGAAAUAAUGCCAUAAUGCUAUGCUUGCUUUCUAUAUUUAGAUGGUUCAAUGUUGAGUUAAAAACUUCUAUCUUAAGACGAUUCUGCGCUACGGUACAAGCAGACCAACUGCGGAUGAUAUACUCAAUUCCCCAUUUUUAUCAAAGCGUUUGGUUUAAUUUCGGUUAAAAUUGAAGAAUAUAUCAGCAGAUUGACAAAAACCAACUUUGUCAGAGGUUUUGUGCUAAAACGUCUAAAUUUAUGCUAUUCAUU